UGUUUUCUGAUCCGGGAAGACCAGGAACUACCUCAUAUAUUUCUUGCUAUAUAACCCUAGUAUUUCUGAUAAGAAAAACCAUUCCACAUCGAGUCAACAGGAGGAAAACUAAAUCUUCAAGAUGAAACACUUCCUCUUUAUAGCAGUUGUACUUCUUGCCUGCAUGUCGCUGUGCAAUGCACAGUGCCACACUGAGAACAUGAAAAUUGACCCGAAAAAUCCUGGCUGUACAGAUAAGAACGGUGUGGUUCAUCCAUUUGGUUCUCAAUGGAAGGACAAGGAUUGUUUGCAGUGCAGUUGCAGUGAUUCUACCAUUGAAUGCUGUGCCAUGAUUCCACAGUAUGUGGGGCUUCCUGAGCACUGUGAGGUGGUGGUGAACAAGGAGGCUUGCACCUACGAAUUGAUUAACAAGAAAGAUCCAUCCAAGGAGUGUGAGCCAACAGGAGCUAUUCUAUAGUUAGAAAAACCCUCAUUCAGAUCUGUGAGAAACACACAAACCCAGAUUAGAGUGUAUAGGGCUCUGUGAAACAAACUGUUUAUAAUACAUAAUGCUGUAGAGCCUGGCUACUUUAAAAUUGAUUAAUUUAGUUCCAGUUUGGCAAAAAUAGCAUGGCGAUGGUAAGUCAGUAGGUCAUUGUUGUUCCAUUUUUCUCAUACUGUAGCUGCAUAUUAAAAAUGAACUUACCUAUCUACCAACUCUUUCUGGGUUCAUUUUACUCUGUAUCAUUAAACUACAUUUGAUACCUU